AUGUCGGAGGCAGGGGAGAGCCGCAGCGGUCGUAGUCGCAGGGAUAGGGACCGGAUCAGGCCCGCGACAGUGACCACCCGCUCGUCUUCUUCUUCCAGCCGCUCGUCUCGGUCCUCUGCCGCAGCCGCGGCUGUGGCGCCCACCCCACCAACCGCGGCCAAGAAGAAGCUGCGCAGCACACAAGCCAACAACAAAGCCAGCGCCGUCGUGUCUGUACGGCCCCAGCAGUGCCAGGACAACGAGAGAGUUGUAGUCGUGUGGGUGUGGCUUCACUUCUUCUUCUUCUUCAUGUCUAACCCAGCUGAGUACGUGGGGUUGGACAAACAGGCCAACUCGUAUCUGGGGAAGCUGAGCCCUUCUGCGCUGGGCAAGUACCAGAAGCACUACCGCCUGCGGGGCAAGAGCGACACGGCCGAGACGCUCCUCAAGUCCGUCGUGCGCCACUUCGAAGCGCAGAACGUGGAGGAGGCUGAGGUGGUGCAGAACUUCCUCUUGGCCCUUCAGAAGGUGGCCGGCCACUAA